GUUAUAUAGAAGUCUAUGGUAUCGGCGAGUGGAAGAGAGAGAGAGAACGAGAGAGCGGGGAGGGCGCAUCGGUGUAGAUUUUUCAUAGCUGUCAGCCAGGAGAGACAGAUUCGACGUCGCAGAAAUAACAUGAGUCUUCCUGUUGCGAAGCGAGGCAAAGACGACGCUAACAAAGAGAUUAUCGAUCUUAAGGACGUUUCCAAAGAGGCGAAGAGUAUGAUUGAAAAAAUUUUGGGUGACGUUAGCAAGACUUCGGCUACUAAGCAAAUCGUCAUCGGCACUGCUUCAGGAUGGACAACCGGUUUCCUCACAAUGAAGGUGGGAAAGGUGGCUGCGUUCGCUUUGGGUGGAGGAAUUAUCAUUCUUCAAAUAGCCGCACAUAAGGGAUACAUAAAAGUAAAUUGGGAUAAGAUACAGAAGAAAGCAGAAAAAUUGUCCGACAAGGUGGAAGAAAAAGUAACCGGCGAAGGACCCAAAUUCAUGGAUAAGGUAGGGCAAUGGUCUCGAAACAACACAUAUCUGGCGACAGGUUUCGUCGGUGGUUUCCUUAUCGGUCUAGCGUCUUAAUUCAAAUCGUGUUGAUCAUUUUUUUUCUUUUAUUGUUGAUUCUUUUCCCACCUCUUUUUUCAAGUUAUGCAAAACAAGAAAAGAAAACCAAUGAAAUAAUCUGGAAUAGAUCCGCAGGAUUCUCCUGCUUUGUUUCUGGCCGUUGUUAUUUUUUCAACUGUGCAUCGGUACAUAUAAAUUAUAUUGUGUAUAGAAAUCAUUUUUUCGCGACACUUUUUGCGUUCUUGCCCUUUUUUCUGUUCCAAAUUUAAACUAAGAAUAAAAACUGCGAGUUGCGGAUUCAUUCAGGAUUGUUCCAUGCUUUUUCUUUUGCAUCGAAUAGAUAUUAUAUUGCAUUGUUUUUUUUUUAUGACAGAAAAAACAACGUUUUUCGUAAUUUCGUAUUAAGUUUAUUUUGACUUGUGACUGUUUCCUCUUUUUAUUCGCUGAUAUUUUAUUCGUUUGCGUAUUUUCUUCACAUCUGCACUUUGUCGAUAAAAUAUAUAAUACGGUACUCCUGUGUUUUAUUUCUAUAUUAAUAAUUAUAUAAUAGUCUUUGCCUACGCGAGAAAAAAAUAGAAGAAAAAGCACCGAAAUAUGUGCGUAUAUAAUGCGAGAAAUAUACGUGUAAUGUGUAAAUAUAAUACUACUUAGAAAUAUCAUAUGACCUGCAAAAGUACUCGAUAAUUAGUUGAUUAUAAUUUAGUAUUUUGGUUUAUAUCACGUCAAUUUUAAACCCAAUAAAAAAAACAAAGAAAAAUUGGAAAAAAUAUAUCCCCACAAAAAAAAAUAAUUUACCUCGCAUGGAAUUGCUUUUUUCUUCUUUGCCUUGAAUUUUAUUUGAAUCUAUAAUAAUCUAUCGGGUAGAUUUUUAGCGUUAUUAUUUAUAUUCAAAGACAGAGGUUGUCAGAAAUAAAAACAAAUAAAUAAAAUGCUUCGAUUUAUGAGGGUGACAAAAAAUCUGUAGUGAAUGCAGAAACAGAAUGAAAAAAAAUAUUUGAAAAGAAUAAUAAUAAUAGAAAUACAAAAAGAUUUGCUUGACUAUUCUAGAAAACAAAAAUAAAAGAUAACGAAAGAACCUACGUUACACAAAGGCAUGUUAACAAGUAAAAAAAGCUAGACAUGACGUAACUUCUAACAUAUUUUGUAAGCUUGUGCAAAUAAAUGAGAUGGAAAACAAAUCCAAUCGUUAUAACAAAUGAGGUACGUGGCAACGCGAGCAUGGCAAGGAAAAAUGCGUGGUGUAAUAGUGGUUGAAUAAAAGUAUUUUUGUUGCAGGUGGAAAGGUUUGUUGACAAGAAAUUGGACAAAGC